AUUGACAUUUGUAAAUGUCAUAAUUUCAUAAAACUGCAGAUAUUUUUUACAAAAGCAACAGUAAAUAUGUAGGUAGGUACCUAUUAUUAAUACAUAAUUAGUUUUCAUUGCUGUGAAGUGAAAAAUUUAUAGUAAAAAUAUGCAGUAAAAUUACUUCACACUGAGGAAUUCGCACUAUUGUUUAAUUUCCAUGCUUAAAUAAAAAUGGAUUCAUCUUCAAUUGUAAGUUCUAACAACGAUACAACGUAUCAGACUACAAUGAAAGGAGAGUACAACAACUUUAGUGUCCACGAGCUAGCUCUUCAUGCGAUGCGUGAUAGAUGUUUGUUACUGCAACGAAGAAUUAAUGCGUUAGAAAAUGAUAAUAAUAAACUGAAGCUAGAUAUAUCAAAGACAGAUAAUUCAACAUACAAUCCAUUGCAAGACGACGAAAAAAUUACACUACAGAAGAAGAUAGCGGAACUUAACAAACAGAAGUCACAACUUUUGCAUCAUGUGUUCUUGGUUCAAUGUGAGAAUAAGAAUUUAUGGAGAAAAAUUGCUUCAUUAAAGGGCCCUGAAAAAGUGCCUGUUAAAGAACAUACUAAACAACCUUUAAUCCGUACAAAUACUUACAUUCACAGUACACCAAAAGCGAAUACUCAAUAUCAGGAAAAGUUUUCAGAGUCAAGCUUGGAAGAAAUAUCAUUGAAACUGAUAAAUAGCUAUAUACAAGAGAAAUCACAAUUAGUUGAACAGUAUGAACAAAUGGCGCAGUUACAAGAGUUGGAAGCUGAUAGUGCUCUAAAUGUGGAUUCUAUAGGUUUUACUUAUUUGGAAGACCCUGAUACCGAUUCAUUAAAAGAAAUACAAUCCCAAAUUGAAAAAUUCCAAUCAAUAAAGAAAGAAGUUGCACAGCAGGAAAAAGAUUUAAAAACAGUUAUAUCUAGAAUUGAAACUCUAUUUAGUGAUGGCUAUAAAUGUUCUGCAUGCUCAAACAAUAAAGGAAAGUCUAUAAAAAUGGAAGACAAGGAAACUGAAAUAAGUAACAGUCUUGUGAACUUUGCAACUCAAACGGAUUCCAUAUUAUUUGAUAAUUUCAUUGAAUUGAAUACAAGUUCAGAUAACAAAAGUAUCCAAGAUGAUGAAGAGAAUGACAAAAGUACAGAGCCCUAUGACAAAAUUUGUCCCAUGUGUGGUGAAUCAUUUAAAAAGGAAAUUAACUUCUCAGACUUUCAAACACAUGUAGAAAGUCACUUUAUUGGUGAAACUGAAAUGGAUUCUUUAGAUAAUUUUGAAAACCCAAGUUCUUUUGAUAAUAUUUCAUAGCUAAGUAUAUAUAAAAUAACAAUCUUAACAUUUAAAUUAUUAUGGCUAAAUAAUUGAUGCACUUUCUUUUUGAGGAUCUAAUUGGAAACUAUAAUUUUAAAGUGUUAUAAAUUUAAUUUAUAAAGGGGACCAUUAAUUAAAUUUUGAUUUACUCUUUAAUUUAUAUUAUUAACACAUGAUUAAAACAUUGAAGGCAUCGUGCAAUUAUAAAGACUUAUAUUAUUAUAAAUUUCAUAAUUUUGCAGGGAAUAUUGGUCACAAUUGCAUUCUAAAUUUAUUCUUAGCUUACACAGUUAUACGCUAGUUCUAUGCACCUUUUUUCAACAUUUAACAACCCAAUUUUUAUGUUUUAUUUAUAUUCAAUUGUAUAAGUUAACAAUGGUUUGUUGUUAUACACAGGGAAAAUGGAAAAGAUAAAAUAUGAGGCAAUAUUGGCUUCAAUAUAUGUAUGUAUAUUGUGUUA